AUGUCUAAAGAUUUGGUCAAAAGUUACUGCAUUAAACAUGAAAUAUUUCUGCUGGCCAUUCUGAUCGCCUCGCAGGCGCAGGCACAGGCCCAGUAUCAUCACUUUGGGGAGCAGCUUCAGACGUCUCAUGGGUCGGACUGCGCGCUGCUGCUCGCCGGACCGGGUCGCUCAUCCGUCUACGACUACAAUGUGAAUCUGUUCCGUGGCACGCUAAACCCCUACAACAGCGGCUCCAGCACUUGCAUUACCUAUGAUGCCAUCAAUGCGGCCUAUUUGGAUGCUCGCAAGCGUAUACAUGUGGCCCAACCAAAGUCGGACUGGAAGCCUGAGGAGCUGGCCACCGUUGGCGAACUAUUGCUCGACAUAUCCAUUCAGCUGGCGCGGACAUAUGGGCUGUCGUAUGAGGAAAUCGAAAAGGGUCUGCCCACCAUUGACACCUCAAAGACUUUGAUACGAGAGAUAUGUCCGCCCUUCUUUGCGGGCGUCGAGUGCCGGCCGGGCAAGUACCGCCGCUUUGACGGUCUAUGCAACAACAUUGAGCAUCCGACGUGGGGUGCGGCGAACUCACCUUUCCAGCGCCUGAUUGGACCACUCUAUGCCGAUGGAAUUAAUGCGCCUCGCAUUUCUGUUACCGGUCGCGACUUGCCCUUCUCACGUGUCGUCUCACGCACCAUGCAUCCCGACGACGGCUAUCACGAUCAUGCCGGCACUGUUAUGGUCAUCGCUUGGGGUCAGUUCAUGGAUCACGAUUUCACGUUGACAGGCACGCCACUGGACCCCGUCAACCGCAACGAUCCGGAGGAGUGCUGCAAGCGGCCUUUGCAUCUGAAGCAUCCAUACUGCAAUGAGAUUCGGGUGCCCGAUGACGAUUACUUCUACCGCCUCUUUAAUGUCAAGUGCAUCGAUUUCGUGCGUGGUUUCCCAUCGCCUCGGCCUGGUUGUCGCUUGGGUUCGAGACAACAAUUCAACACGCUGACGGGAGUUAUUGAUGCCAAUACUGUGUACGGUGUAAAGGAAGGCUUCUCACGCAAACUGCGUACCGGCUAUGGAGGAUUGUUGCGGAUGAAUCCAGUUUUCCAGGAGUACGGCCUAAAGGACCUGCUACCGCUUAAGUUGGACAUUCCGGACGAGGGCUGCACGCGCCCCAACAAAAGCAUGUACUGCUUCGAAGCCGGCGAAAUUCGAGUCAACGAGCAGUUGGUGCUGACCUGCAUGCAUACGUUGCUGGCACGAGAGCACAAUCGACUGGCCACGGGCCUGGCACACAUUAACAAACACUGGGAUGAUGAGACGUUGUUCCAGGAAGCACGUCGCAUCAACAUCGCCAUUGUGCAACACGUAACCUUCAACGAGUUCCUGCCCAUACUGCUGGGUAAGGAGGUUAUGGAGAAAUUCGGUUUGGUGCUGCAAAAGGAUGGCUAUUGGGAUGGCUACGACUCGAAUGUGAAUCCUGGCAUCAUUGACUCUUUUGCUGGCGCUGCAUUCCGUUUUGGUCACUCGCUGCUGCCCACGGCCGUGGAACGCUGGUCCAAGGCGCAUAAGUUCAUUGCCUCGAAGCGUUUGUCUGACUUGAUUCGUCGCCCCUACGAUCUGUAUCGCGCUGGUGUACUAGAUGAAUACUUUAUGGGUCUGAUGAAUCAGGUCGCACAGGCUAUGGACGACUCAAUCACGCAGGAAGUCACCAAUCACUUGUUCAAGAAGGAGGGUGCGCGCUUUGGCAUGGACCUGGUCUCCUUCAAUAUGCAGAGGGGUCGCGAAUUCGGCAUACCCGGCUACAUGGAGUUCCGUAAAUUCUGUGGCCUGCCAACCUCAAACACAUGGGAUGAGAUGUAUGGCUCUAUGCCGAAUGAGACAGUAUUGCGAUAUGGCAGUAUAUUCGAACAUCCUGCCGAUAUUGAUUUGUGGUCUGGCGGAGUUUCGGAAAAGUCGUUGCCUGGAUCCAUGCUGGGACCCACUUUCGCUUGCGUUAUUGCCACACAGAUGAGCUACUUGCGUCGCGGCGACCGCUUCUGGUAUGAGUUGCCCAAUCAGCCAUCGUCCUUUACACCCGAGCAGCUGCAGGAGAUACGAAAGGCGAAAUUAUCGCGUCUGAUAUGCGACAAUACCGAUUUGAUCGAUACCGUACAAAUCUAUCCCAUGGUCCUGCCCGAUCACGAAAUAAAUCCACGCGUUCCUUGCAAGAGCGGCGUAAUACCCUCCAUUGAUUUGAGCAAAUGGGCGGACUUCGGCGGCCAUGGCUUGGACUCGUCGGCCUUCAACUACAUUAAUGAAAUUCCCGACACACUGCUCAACUUUAGAAAGUAA